AUGCCAACGGCAAUCGUGACAGGUGCUACCGGUAUCACGGGGACGGCGAUAGUCAAUGCCUUAGUCAACGCCCCUGAGUACACGGAGAUUUACACACUCUCUAGGUCACAGAAAUCGCCAGAACAUCCAAAAGUCAAACAUGCGACUCUAGACCUGCAAUCAUCGGCUGAUGAGAUGUGUAAAUCACUUUCACACAUACCGCCAGUGACGCACAUCUACUUCUGCGCGUAUCUGGCCAACCCUGAUGAAGGGGAAGCAUCGCGGAUUAACGGCGCCAUGCUAUCGAAUUUCCUCGAGGCUCUUACCAAGUCUGGCCAGACCAUAGAACUGAAGCAUUUCUGUCUUACCUGCGGUCUCAAGCAAUAUGGUGUACAUCAAGGUCAACCCAAGAACCCGAUAUAUGAGGACGAUGACGACUCGCUUGUAUGGCUUGAGCAAGGAGACCGCCCACCAAACUUUUACUACACUCAGCAGCGUAUUCUAGAAAAGCAUGCUGCCGACCACCAUAAUAAGUGGGCGUGGGUUGUCACCUAUCCCCAAGAUGUUAUUGGGUUUGCUAAGGCCAAUUUCAUGAAUCUUACUACUUCACUUGGUCUGUAUUGCGCGAUCAGCAAGGAGCUCGAAGGCUCCAAGCUCAUCUUCCCAGGGAACAAAACCAAUUAUCUGUCCUUCAAUAACUGGACAUCCGCUCGAGUACAUGCUGAAUUCUGCCUAUGGGCAGGCAAGACACCUAACGCAAACAACCAACGUUUCAACGUGAGUAAUGGCGACGCGCAGAGCUGGCAGGACAUGUGGCCCCGGCUGGCGGCCCGUUACGGAUGCAACAUACCGGAGAAAAUGUUUCCUGCCGGAGACGAGCGAAAGGCAUACCCAGGCUACGAGAUGAGCUACACGAAACUCCACGAUCGGCCUCCUAUAGCAGAGGUCGCAGCUAAAAUCGGGCUCAAGGACGAGUUUAAGCCUUCGGAGAUAUUCUGCCAGAUCAACCUUCAGGAAUGGGCUAAACGCCCGGAGGUAGUCAAGGCUUGGGAGACAUUGCGUGAUCGGUAUGGACUUGAUCAGGGUUCUUGGGAUGGAGCCACUUGGGAUUUUUCGACUUUUGUGCUGGGUCGUAAUUACAGUUUAAUCGGAAGCAUGAGUAAGGCACGGAAAUUGGGUUGGACGGGCUACGCGGAUACGUGGGAUGAGUUCCAGAGGACUUUUAAGGAAUUGGAAGAUGCGAAGAUGCUGCCUCCUGCUGCUAACUUGUAGGGCAUUGGAUUGUAAGAUAGGCGUAUUCUUUUGUUUGGCGGGCUCGUUG